AUGGGGAGUGACGAAAGUGGAGCACUUCCAAUUCACAACGGCGAACCAGACCCCGACGCCGACAACCCCCAGGUCGAGCAGCGCCCAGCAAAGCGAGCCAAACUUACCAGCGCCUCGUUUACACGGAGGAAAAGGGCGGUGGCUGCAUGCCAGUUCUGCAGGUUGCGCAAAACCAAAUGCGACACCGUCAAGCCCGUGUGUGGGUUUUGUAGGUACCACAACGCCAAGUGCGUCUACGUCGACCCAGACGAGGAUGCCAGUGUGCAGGAUGAGUCCACGUAUCGACACGAGGAGAUUUUGAAGAGGUUCGACGAGCUCAAGAGUUUGCUGCAAGCUACAUCGAGUCAGCUAGCCACCGCUGGCUCUGUUGCUACUGCUACUGCUACUGCUACUCCCCCAGCUGCUACUACGGCUGCUGCUACUCUAAGCCAGUCCCCUCAGGCGCAUGCUACGCCGGCUGCUGCGUCCGACUCUGAUACAAUUACCUCCCAGCUCCCAAACCAAGCCUCACUCCCUUCCUACAGCCUGUGCUAUACCGCGACGAAAUGCGAAUCCCUCCUCCGGUGGCCCAUGUUUGAAGGCAUCAUCUCCGACAGAGAUGCCCAGAUUCACUCAUUUGUCCUUUCACCACAGGAUUCUGUUGACAUAAACCACACAUCUCCGCUGCCUCAGACACCCAGUUUUGGUCUGCAACCAAUAUCCGUAGGCGAUGGAGUCUAUCUCAAGCCGGCCGUGCAGGAAGAGGCGCUGGUGCCCCUGUGCCAUAAGUUUCUAGCUCACGUGCACCCCAGAAACCCCAUCCUCGAGCCCGAGGAGCUUCUGGCUUACGCAAAGGCCGCAGCCGAGAAUGGCCUAGGUUGGGAUGGCCCGACUUGUCUUGUCCUGCUCGCCUGCGCAUUGGCCUGCUAUACCCAACCAUGGACCCCGCCUAUGGACACAGAACUCACGCCUAGUGGGCCCGACUCCGACUUCUCCAACGUGUCUAGAAGCAUAGAGUAUGGCCCCGCAGCGGAGGCGUACUAUCUCGGUGCCAAAAAGCGUAUGGGUCUGUUGGAGACAUCUCUGGUGGACAUGCAGUGCCUCUUCUUCGCCUGCAUAUACGAAAAAUACCGACUACGCCCCGUCCAAGCCUGGAUGUAUCUGCAGCGGGCCGCCGCUUGCUUGCACAUCUUCCAGCUGAGUCGUGAUGCUACGAGUGUGGAUGUGGCUGGUUCUGUGGCUACGCCGAGGCCGACCGGCCACCACCACCUUGUACAGCGUUUGUUUUGGUCUGUAUUCAAGGCAGAGAGUGAACUCGCUCCCGAACUGGGCCUAAAACCCAACAUCCCUAUGGGAUUUGACUACCCAGACGCCCUGCCCUCCCCUCCGGCAUCCCUAACCCUAUCCCAAAAUGACGAGGGAAUAGGAUCCUCACGACGAGUCGACAUCCUAGAGCGUGCCGAGGAAGAACGAAGCUGGUACUUUUACCUUGCCGAAAUCUCCCUUAGGCGGACAAUAGACGGCAUUAUAUCGCUUUUCUACGGCCCAGGAGAAGAGUACUGGAUGAAGCACAUCAGCCUGUUGGUGCGGCAAUUCUACGAGUCCGAAAAGCAGAUCUCCCUAUGGUACUCUCACCUCCCGUCCUCCCUCAAAUUCGACGCCAUAAAACACCCCUCCAACGAACUUGCCUUCUACCUCCAGGGUCGCUUCCGAGAUUGGCGCGAAUGCAUCUCUAGACCCCUCCUUUACUACUACCUCCACCACCCCGCCGACCGGCCCCCAACACCUCAAGUCAUCAACAUCGCGCAGCAAGAGGUGUCCCUGUGCACCGAGAUCAUCCGGUGGGGGGUGCAUCACCACCGCCACGGCGGCACGUGGUUCAUCUGUCGCACGUCCUUUCGCUCGGCCAUGCUCAUCCUUGCCGUCGUCAUUAAGGACGGCGAGGUGCGGCCGCCGGCGAAUUGGUGGGAUUUGGUCAAGUUGUCCGUCGCGACGUUGGAGAAGUGGAGUGUGGGGGCGCGCGAUUUGAGUCGGAUGAAAGGGGUUCUGGAAAGGUUGCUGGAUGUGGUUUGUGAGAGAGAGAAUUUGCUUGCUGCUCGUACCGUCCAAUCGUACGGAUUCUGCUACCAUUUUUCGUCGGCACCAGCAGUAAAGGGCAUAGGAAACCUGAAUUCUUGCCUUCGCUUGUCAGGAGAGGAGAGCUAUACCGUCUCGUCCCCCAGGCCAAUUGCCGCCGACCAAAUAAGGGCAAUCACCGAUUAUGCGGUUGUGAACAGCGGCAAUGUCUUGCGCUCGCGUCUCUCAGUUCAUCUCAUCCUUCAAUCCUUCCUCUCCUCAGCAUCGUUCUCCCUUGACGUCUCCUAA